UAUAUAUAAGUUUUUAUCUUUGAAAUUUAUGAUGUAACCCAAUAAAAUAGCUAAACAUAGAUUGUACCCGCAAAAUUUUGUGUUUCACGUAACGGCCUGAUUCCAAUCCUCUAUAUAUAUAUUUGUGUCUUUUCUUGCAUACCCUUUUUGUUUCAGAAAAAAAUAUGCAAAUCAAGAAAUCUUUCUCUAUGAAUUCACGCACAGGAAGAGAUUUACAAAGAUACAAUCGUGGUUGUCGUCAAGUUGUUGGAUGUAUUCCAUAUAGAAGCAUAAAAAGGGACCCAUCAUCAUGUGUUCAACAGGGUAGUAGUACCCCUAUUGAUGAUUUGGAAUUUUUAUUGAUUAGCUCACAGAAAAAUCCAAGAAUGAUGUUCCCUAAGGGUGGUUGGGAAAUUGAUGAAUCAUUGGAAGAAGCAGCUUCAAGAGAGACUUUUGAAGAAGCUGGUGUUGUUGGUGAAGUUCAAGUUCAGGAAUAUUUAGGUACAUGGAGUUUCAAAAGCAAAAGCCAAGGCACAUUUCACGAGGGGCACAUGUUUCCUCUGCGUGUAACUGAGGAACUAGACGAUUGGCCUGAGAAAAGUGUUCGUCGACGUUUAUGGGUGAAGUUUAGUGAAGCAAGAGAAGUAUGUUGGCAUCCAUGGAUGAAAGAAGCAUUGGAUGUGUUUGCUUCAAAGAUGUCAAAGAGAAAAGAAGGAACACAAAUGUAUCAUUUCAAGGAAAACACUGUAGUCUGCUGUAGUUAACCCAAUAGUACUACUAGCAAGCAUUAUUCAAUCAUCAAGAUAUGCCACAUUCUCUUUCCCAAAUGUCAAAAAUUUCACAAACUUCUUCUUGCAUUGCAAACAUUGAGUUCAAUGACGAAGUUUAGAAUGAUCACAACUCCAAAAGUCAAGCCAAUUAGUACUACUCUAUGUUCAACGAAGAGUCGAGAAUGAACACCAAAUCAAAGACAAGAACAAACAUUGUAUGAUUAGAAAUGAAAGGAAGGAAAAGAACAUGUUCCAUAUUACGAACCAAGAAUGAGUCCUUGGAAUUACCAUUAUUGUGCAAUCAAGUGUUUGGUUGCAAGUAUUUAGCAGCAGAGAGAGGUGAAGAGAAGUCUAAGAAGUUUGUUUGAUAGAGGUGAAAAGUUGAGAGAACUAGAGGACAUAUGGGAAUUAAGAGUUGUAGAAUAUAUGUACAAAAAAUUUUCCAACUUUCUAUGUAAUUAUAAUCCAAAUUUAUUCAUU